UGGCGGACAAUGUAAGUGCGUCAACCAUCUUCGUCGACAAAACAAAAGUUACGCUGCGAAAAAUCCGUGCGAGUCGCCGUGAAAGCCGCCCAAGAGCGCCGUGAAAAGGCGGAAAAGAGUGCGAGACGCGCGCCUGGGAUUCUGCGAGCCCGCGUGAAGUGCCGUGUGUGCAGUGAUCGGAGCAGCGCCCCACAAUCAUUUGGAUUAGCGGAAGAGUGAAGUGGAGAGCGAGAGAGAGAGAGAGCCGUAAAUGAGUGGCACAUCGCCAUAAGUAUCGAAGAGUGCGCGGGCUGGAAAGAACAGAAAGAAGGGCAAUUAAGUGUUGGACAGCAAUGUAGAUUAGGAGGAGAGGAAAAGCGAGUGUGUUCAAUGGGAAGCGAGUGUUGAUGGUGCAGAAACAGAAUGGUCGGUGUGCCUGACGACAAUUUGAGUGUCCAAGUGAAAAAAUGCAGUCAACAGACUCAUCGCCAUCGUCCGGAGACUGUUCCCGCUACAUAUUGCAGGUGUACGUGGGAGCUCUUUCCCUCCACUAUGAGGCACUGAGUGUGGAAGCGUCUAAACAAACAACCGCCGAAGAAAUUGUUUCAUGUAUUGUUGAACGCUUAGGGCUACCGGGAAGCAAUUAUGAACUUGCCGAGGUGGCUGACGAGAGCAAAGAGAGGCGAUUGUCGCCAGAGGAAAAGCCCGUGUCAGUUAUGCUUCUGUGGCCAAUGCAUUCAGAGAAGGAUUUUCAUAGGUUUUAUCUACGCGAAUCCCAAAAUGAUAUUCCCUGGCUAGACAAUUUUGGUCUGGAUCCGCACAUCUUGCGGGAUUUCAUACCAUUUCUGCUGCAGCCAGAAAAUCGGGAAUAUCCAGACUUGUGCCAAUUGCCAGACUUGAAUGAGUCAACAUUGUUGGAGAAUUUAAGACAACGCUUCGAUGCUGGUCAUAUUUAUACUUACGUAGGGAGUAUUUUAAUAGCUGUGAAUCCAUUCAAAUUUCAUCCAAUCUACAAUCCCAAGUAUGUAAGGCUGUAUCAAAAUCAAAAAGUCGGACCCAUUCUUCCGCCGCACAUCUUUGCAAUUGCCGACAAUGCAUAUUAUUGUAUGCUGAAGGAGAAAAGAAAUCAGUGUGUCGUGAUAAGUGGCGAGAGUGGCUCGGGAAAGACAGAGAGCACGAAUUUCCUUCUGCAUCAUCUCACGGCGCUGUCACAGAAGGGAUCACACGGAUCUGGUGUGGAGCAGACAAUUCUCAGUGCUGGUCCUGUUCUUGAGGCAUUUGGCAAUGCUAAAACGGCGCACAAUAAUAACUCGAGUCGCUUCGGGAAGUUCAUUCAGGUGAAUUAUCGCGAAAAUGGUCUUGUUCAGGGUGCUGUUGUGCAGAAGUAUUUGCUGGAGAAGAGUCGAAUUGUCUCACAGGGUCCGUACGAGAGGAACUACCACGUCUUCUACUAUCUGCUGUCGGGCGCCACGGAACAGGAGCGUGAGGCUCUGCACUUGCUGCCGGCGGACAAGUAUAACUACUUGAAUGCAAAGAAUCUGAUCCUGGAGAACUGCGAUGAGAAGUAUGAGUUCUCGCGACUGAAGCAGAGCAUGGAGAUGGUUGGAUUCUCGGCGGAGAAGCAGCGACGGUUGUUCAAUGUAUUGUCAGCAGUUCUGCUACUUGGCAAUGUUGAGUUCUUCCCGAAGAAGUCCACCUAUCACCAUGAUGAGAGUGUUCAAGUGCGCAAUUCUGAUGUUGUGUCGAUCAUCUCGGAAUUGCUGAGGGUGAAGCACGACACACUGUUGGCAGCAUUGACAUCGAAACGCGUGAAGGCGAGCGGUGAGACGCUGAUUAUGCAAUACAAACUACCUGAAGCAAUUGCAGCGAGAGAUGCAUUGGCCAAGUGUCUGUAUGGGGCGUUGUUCGAUUGGAUUGUUCUGCAAGUGAAUCAUGCACUGCUGAAUAAGGAUCCAACGGGACCACCGCACACAGGUCACUCAAUUGGCGUGCUGGAUAUAUUUGGCUUUGAGGACUUUGGGGCACAGAACUCCUUUGAGCAGCUGUGCAUCAAUUAUGCCAAUGAACACCUCCAGUAUUACUUCAAUCUCCAUGUGUUCAAGUAUGAGCAGAAUGAAUACAAGCGCGAAGGCAUUAAGUGGCGUGAUAUUGAGUUUAUGGACAAUUCGGGAUGUUUGCAGUUGUUUGAGUCCAAACCAACGGGUCUCCUUUGCAUCCUUGAUGAUCUCUGCAACUUUCCCGGAGCGACAAAUGAGGCUCUUCUGCAGAAAUACAACACCGUUCACAGAGAUAAUCCCUUCUAUGAGAAGCCACAGAAGAAGGAGAAUGCUUUCAUUAUUAAGCACUAUGCGGGAAAAGUGAAGUAUCAGGUGGCGGAAAUGCGUGAGAAGAAUCUCGAUCUCAUGCGUCAAGACAUCGUGAGUGUCCUGAAGAAUUCCAGCAUGGCUUUCGUGCGAGAACUCGUGGGCGCCGAUCCGGUGGCUGUGUUCCGCUGGGCAAUCCUGAGGGCCUUCUUUCGUGGCUAUUUUGCAUUCAGGACGGCUGGCAUUAAGCAUCGUCUGGAGAGAGCUGAUCAGGCAUUCAGCAAAGUGACGGUGAAAACGCGAUAUAGACCACACAACGAUUUACUAAUCAGUCAUCUUGUCACCGUAUCCGCUGUGAAUUUAACAAUUAACAGAAUUGCCAAAAGGGUGAAUAAUACGACGAGUGACUUGACAUCGAUGCAUCAUCACCAGCAAUCGCCGAUUCAGCAGUUCAAUUACAUGAACAAGAGUCCGAGGCGAUCGUGGUCCAGCAUUGCCUUCAAUAACAAGAAUUUUCCAGACGGAAAGCUGGGGUAUGAAAAUAGCCAAAACAGCAAUAACAACAAUAACAACUCUGAUAGCGGUGGAAAUAACAAGCUGUUUGCUAAAGGAUUUUCAAAGUUUGAACGGUCCAGUCAAGAUGUAAUGGCACGUGCUUCCCAAAUUGUUCAGAAGAAUAAAUCAUUCCGCCCUCGCGAGCGUCCAAAGAAGGGUCUGAAGAAUCUGCAGACAGUGAAAACACUCACAGCCGGACAGAAUUUGUCCAAUCAGACGUCCAUCAAGACGAGAAAGCAACCAUUGACGGUUUCAGCGCAGUUCCAAAACUCUCUCACCGCCCUGAUGGACACCUUGAAUCAGGCUAAUCCCUUUUUUAUCCGAUGCAUCAAGUCAAAUCCAUCCAAAAUACCCAACAAGUUUGAUGACAACACUGUGACGAGACAGCUACGAUACACGGGAAUGCUGGAGACGGUGCGAAUCCGUCGCGCGGGCUACAAUGUGAGAUUGACGUACGAGGAGUUCAUUCAGCUGUAUCGAAUCCUGCUGCCAAAGGGUCUCGUGAGCUCGCAGAAGGACGUGCGGGACUUCAUGAACACGAUGGACUUGAAUAAGCAACACUAUCAAUUGGGUGUUACGAAAAUCUACAUGCGUGAAUCUCAGAAGAUGCGACUGGAUGUGAAGCUGCACACAAAGAUCCUUGGCAGUAUUGUGAAGAUUCAACGGUGGUUUCGCAGUAUUUUGCAGAGACGGAAGUUUGUCAAUGUGCGUUCUGCUGUUGUCACGCUGCAAUCCUUCUGGCGAAUGUGUAUGGCUCAGAAGCAAUUGCUGGGAUUACGACAGGAGCGUGCGGCGGCCGUGAUUCAGGCGACAUGGCGAAUGUAUGUGACAAAGAAGUGGUUCACGAAGCUGAAGAAUGGCACGGUGCUGCUGCAAUCGCACAUUCGAGGGAAAUUGGCAAGAGCGAAAUUCAAGAUAAUGUACAAACAGAAGUUGCUGAAAGAGAGAUCGAAAUUGCGACCAACACAGAGUUUGCCAGCCAAUGAGAGGUCGAUCGAUGUGCUGCCGCCGGACGUUGACACGUAUGGUCAGAGAGUGACACUGACAAAGCCGCACAGCAGUCUGGAUACGGAGCUGGAGAAUGCCGCCAAGGUGCGCAAUAUUCAUUCACAAUACUAUCAUCAUGUGAACAGGAGUGAGGAGAAUCUCCUGGACUACUCGUUGCUGACACAGGCGUCCAUGGAGAAGCGUGAUGUACUCAAUAAGGCGGAGAAUCAGUUCAGGAGUCUCAUGAUAUCGUCUGGGAAUAACAAUAAGAGCUUCAGCAAUAGCAAUAGUGAUGAUUAUCAUCAUCCGGACUAUCAGAAUGUCAAAUACUCACAGCAUGACAAGCAGCAGCACUUCCAGCGACAAUCGCAUCAAGAGGAGCCAACCAGUCUCGUCACAAUGAAUGACAUCCGCAAAGCCUACAUGACGUACAUUGAGCCACCGAAGAGCUACGAUCCUCUGAAGGCUCCUGUGCGUCGUGUGGAUUCAGGACCGACGCCAGUGCGUCGCAGUGAGAUGAGGUAUGAAGAGUCACCGAGUAGGAUGCUCGGAGCGGCGAGAAAUGUGGGCAGUUUGGGCAAUAGUAAUGUGGAGAUUGUGUAUGUGGACAGCAAUGUUGAUCCCACGGCGACUUCUUCACUGGACAGUGUCCCACUGAGAAAUCCACCGAGUGUGAACAAUCAGCAACAGCAGCAGCAGCAGCAAUAUUUGUCAUCAUACAAGCCGACACGCCGGGAGAUCAUCUGUCGUAGUUCAGGAGAUGAGAUAAAUUCCAACUACCAAGCAUCAUUGGCACAGCAGCAACAGAGCAAAGUGCAGAGUGUGAACUAUUCAGUGAGUCCAUCGCAUCAGGGUACAUCGAGUCAGAGUGUUUAUGUGCAGCAGCACAAUCAGGAGCAUCCGGAGUUCCUGCAGAAGGCCUUCUAUUCGGCACCCAAAGGUAAAGCAGCAGCUCUGCUGGGCACAAUUACGGAGGACAAAGUGAGAGCGGCGCAUGCGAAAGAAACCAGCGAUUACACUUAUCACAGCAAGACUGGACGUCGUGUGAAGACCAAUUUGAGUGAUGAUGUGAGUGAUGUCAAUCUGCACAGUCACAUUGUUCAUCCGCGUCGCGGUGCAUUGAGUUCUGAAUCGCUGCGAAGGAGGAAUUCUGAUCCGACCACCAACAAAGUGCCACUGUUGGAGGUGAAUCGUGGCAAUGACAUGUAUCAAUCCAGCACGCACAUCAACAUUGCCGGACACAGAUUCCGGAAGGCGGCGCGGAUUGGGAAGGCGGAAAAGUGUGCGAGUUGUGAGAAGAGUGAUGCAUUUGUGAAUGAGGGUCAUCGGUGUUUGGAUUGUAAGGUGCUCGUGCACACGAAGUGCAUACAGAAUGGUGGCGUGAAGACGCUACAAUGUGAGGCGAAGCGAUCGAAGAGGCGAAAGAUGAUGGAGAAGGGCAAUGAGAAGCCAAUGACGCCCAAUUCGAAAUACUCAGGAACGCGAGAGUACACAGAUUCGACAGAUAAGAUCAUCAGUGAUGCCAAAGAGUUGCAAUUGAUGCAGGAUUUCAUCACGCAGAAGAUAUGCAAGAUGGAGAGUGACUGUGGGAAGCCUUCGGAGGUGGAUAGAGUGUUUAAGCAGGCGCUCAGGGAGUUUAAGGACAACCUCGUGGCACACUACAGUGUGGCGCACAAGCAGAACUCCGAUGCGCUUAACAUCAAGUAUCGUGACUUGAUUGCCAAUUUUGAACAGGUGAUGGAAACGUGUUGCGGCCGAAAGGAUGACUUUCCACUCACGAUGGGUGUGAAUGCAUUCAGGGGUUUUAUGAAUGAGUUCAUGAACUCACGCGAGACAGAGAAGCCCAAGACGAAGAGGAAGAAGGACAAGAAGAGGAAGAUUGAGGAGCACACAAGUUACAAUGGUCACACCUUCCAAUUGACAAUCAUCAACAUUCCAACGGCGUGUGAAAUUUGUCAACUUUUCCUGCUGUGGCCCAUUGAGCGUGGAUUGGUGUGCCAAAACUGCCGGCUGACGUGUCACAAGAAAUGCUAUCAGAAGACGGCGCCAUGCAACAAGAUCUCCGGCUCCUCAGGCAACAUCUCCUCCUCCCAGUCGGCCCUGGUGGGCUCCAAGCUCUUUGGGUGCAGUCUCACAAGUCUGUGCGCCGCCGAGGGUGGCGUGAAGAUACCCGUGCAGAUCGAGCAACUGAUCACGAAGAUUGAGAUGCACGGUCUGUACGCGGAGGGAAUCUACAGGAAGAGUGGUGUGAAUUCGAAGAUCAAGGAGCUGAAGAUGCGAAUGUCAGAGAAUGCACAGUCAACGGAGGUGGAUUAUGAGAGCUACAAUGUGCACGUGCUGACGAAUGUGCUGAAGUCGUUCCUGCGCGAGAUGCCAGAGCCUCUGCUGUCCUUUGAUCGCUAUGAUGACUUCCUGCGGGCCGCGGAGUUGUCAGAGACGAAUGAUCGUGUGCAGACGAUGCUGUCGCUGAUUAAGAAAUUGCCACCGUGUCAUCAUGCGCUGCUGGAGCGAUUGAUCUUCCAUCUGGCAUUGGUGGCGCAGCGUGAGCAGUACAAUAGGAUGUCCGCCAGUUCGCUGGCCAUUGUCUUUGCGCCGUGCGUGCUGCGGACGAAUCGCAUUGUGCCGGCGCAGGAUAGUUUGAAUGACAUUGGCAGACAGACCAAGUGCAUUGAGACACUGAUCACGCAGAAGAUGCACAAUGUGAAGAGCACACUGGCGGACAUUGACACGCUGGACACGGCUGCACACACGGCCACGACGCGACUGAGCACACUAAGGAGCUCCAAGGUGUUCACACCGGAGGAAUUGGCGCCCAGGCAGGGCAAUCUGGAGUCUGAGGCGGAGGAGAUCUUGCUGGAGGGACACAUUCAGGAGAUCAAGAAGGAGAAGGCGCUUCUCACGUCAACACUGCCGAGUUUGGCGCGCGCCAGUUCGGAUGAUGAUCUGCUGUCGACUGAUCUGGAUGGCGAGGGUGGAAGUCUGGAUGAUUUGAUAUUGCUGGGCGGCGGUGGCGGCGGCGGCUGCAGCGGUGGUGGCGAGGGCAGAGAUCCGAACAAGGACAGUGUGGAUUCGGCGCUGUACAGUUUGGGUGGUGAAUCGUCAAGGAACACAUUCAACAGUGAUGUGGAGAUGAUGGAAUAUGCGGCGCAGAGUGGUGAGUUUAUGAAUAGUCCGCGGAGUCAGCAGAUCUCAAUGGAGCGCGAGGCGUUCCUGCGGGGCGCCUACAACAGUCCCAAAGUGGCCUCCACGUCCAAGUGGUCGAGCAGUCAGCAGAAUCUCAGCCAUGCGCCGGUGACGGUGAAGCAGAGCAGCUGCGAAUUGCAGCGUCAGAAGCCAAUUGUGAUGCGGAGCAUCUCCACGGGCUACGACACGCCCUCCGUCACCAUUCAGCACCACCAGCCGUGCUCCAGCGGUGCUGGGGCGCCCGAGGCUGCGUCCGGGGGCGCCAAGGAGCACAAGGGUGUGGGAGCGAAGGGCAGAGGCAAGUCCAAGAGGCAGAACAGUCUCGAUGAUGAGCCCAUCAUGGUGUAGGAUUUGUGAUUUGGCGACGGCGGAAGCAGGGUGUGUGAUCAGUGAUGUGUGUGCGUGCGUGCGUGAAGAGAGAGAGCGAGAGAACGAGAGUUUGUUAGGUGAUAAGAUGGGGAAGAAGAUGUGUGCGAUUCGCUCACUAGCGAGAAAGAAAGGAAGAAAGAAAGAGAGAUUCAACCACCAAAUUUUUUGAGUGAAGUUAGAGAAGAUAGAGAAAAGAGAGAAAAUAGAAUUGAGAUAAAUUUAUUUUUUGAGGAAAUUCCACUUACUGUAACUACAUUAUAUAAAUGUUAAGCAAACUUACAUGUGUGUAUUGAGAGAUAGAAGAGAAAGAGAGAGAAAUCAAUUUGCGAGAGAAUCAUGCACUGAACAUCAAACGUCGAUAUGAGAGAAUAAGGAGAAGAUGUGAAAAGAUGCCUUCAACAUAAGAAUAGAGAAAACAAAAAAAUUAAUGCAGGAAAACCAAUGAAAAAUUUAUUCACUUUUGAGCGCAAGGAAAGAUUGAAGAGAGACGUGAAAAAUGUGCAAAGAAAAGUAUUAAGAGACGGUGACUUUUUAUGGUGUUAUUCACAAUUUAACAUUAUAUUAAAAGAUGUAAGAAAUAUAAGAGAAACAAAAAUAAAAAUUGUAACAACCGUAAAAUGUGUGUCAACGUUGAAAAUAAUAUGUAAAAGAGAAAAAAGAACCCUAUAUAUUUUAAAUGGAACUCCUAAAGAAAGAGAAAGAGAGAUAAAUUGAAAGAUGAAGAUGAGAUACUUUUUAGACACAUUGAGAAAGAUAUUUCGUAUUAAAAAAAAAUGAUCGGAGAAAACAUUGUUAUAAUUGUAUAAAAGAAAAAAAAAACUGAAAAUUUGCGAUGGAAAGUGAAGUUGAGAUGAGAAUUGUAUAAUUGUUCUAAUUGUAAAACCUAUACAAACAAUAUACAUUUAAACAAUUGUAUAUUAAUUCUUCUAAUCAUGUCUUAUCGUAUAAGAAUUUAUUGGUGAGAUUAUGAUGAUUGUGUGAGAGAAGAGCAGAACAUUUGUGUCUCUUUCUGUUAACUGAAGAAGAAGAAGAAGAAGAGGAAAAACCAUCUCUGUAUUUAGAUAAAUAUUUGACGAAUUGUGAAGGUGAAUGUGAAGAUAUUUAGAAGAAGAAGAAAUGUAAUAAAAAUCUACCAAAUUUGAUGAUGAUGAAAAACACAAGCAUUAGAAAGAAAAAACCAUAUUUUAAUAUUGUGUAUUUGAGUGUGACAUUUUAUCAAAAGUCGCACGCGCACGAAGGGGUGAAAAAAAGAGGGUGAAAUUUGAUAAAAUGACACGCUUCACUGUGUAUUUCUCUACAAUAUUUAAAGAAGAAGAUGAUGAUGAAAAAGAAAAGAUAACCUGAAAUGUUCUUGUUAGACUUUAAAAUGGAAUUUACCUUUUUUCUAAAUGUGUACUUCAAUAACAAAAAAAAAGAAAAACCUACAAGAGCAUAGCUGUAAAACACAAGUUAUUUAAAGGAAGAAAAAAAAACCAAGAAAAA